AUGGCAUCUAAAUCCCCGUUAAUCCUUUUAGCAUGCGGCUCCUUUAAUCCAAUUACUCACAUGCAUUUGAGAUUAUUUGAGAAUGCAAGAGACGCUAUGAAUGCAACUGGUUACUAUAACGUUAAAGCUGGUAUUGUCUCUCCAGUGCACGAUUCUUACAAGAAAGAGGGAUUAAUUUCCUCAAAGCAUCGUUUGGAAAUGUGCAAUAUAGCUUUACAAACAUCGGAUUGGAUAAGAUGCAACGAUUGGGAAUGCAGAAGGAGCGAAUGGUCUAGGACUGUGGAAGUGUUACGGUAUAUAAAAUCCAUAUCUCAUCAGCUUGUAGGCCACGGCGAAGACGAUAAAGAAGCAUCUAUUUUCAUAUUUUCGAUUUAUAUUGCUACUGAACGGUGUCAAGAUGUUGGCGUAAAGUUACUGUGUGGUGCAGAUCUUCUAGAGAGUUUUGCAACACCAAAUCUUUGGUCUACUGAUGACUUACAGGAAAUCGUAGAGAAAUUUGGGCUAGUUUGCAUAACUCGACAUGGUUCGGAUCCUCGUAAAUUUAUCUAUUUGAGCGAUCUUCUGUGGAAAUACGAAAAUAAUAUUCAUAUUGUAACAGAAUGGAUUCCGAAUGAGAUUAGCUCUACAUGCAUCAGGAGAGCAUUGCGACGUCAACAAAGCAUUAAGUACUUGGUACCGGAUUCAGUAGCGGAUUAUAUUUAUAAACAUUCUCUUUACAGUACAGUACACUAA